AGUUCCACAGCCAGUAUUUCACUACCUUUGGCUACACCUCCAAACAGUGUUCGUGGGCUGCGGCACACACCACAGAUGACUCAGGUGGCCGACACCCGACAGGCGCCACCAGGGAUGAUGUUGACCUCACUCUGUUUGGGGACAAAAGGUGUCAGUCUCCCCUUUACCUCCAUAAGGGGAGGUAUAGCACUGAUCUCCUCACCAAAAGAAGACAAGGAAAGCUUCUCUUCUUCUCAGUCCUUACCAUAUUGGAGUACAGGAAGUUUCCAUCAGUCCACCACAACCAUGUCUCAGAAGUCGCAAGUAAUACAGCUGUAUAAAAAUCUGCUGUACCUGGGACGUGAGUAUCCCAUGGGCUAUGAGUACUUCAGGGAGAAGCUGAAGAAUGCCUUCCUCAAGAACAGAAAUGAAACAGACCCCAGACGGAUCACAGAGAUGAUUGCCCGUGGCGAGUACGUCAUUAAGGAGAUCGAGGCGCUGUACAUGUUGCGCAAGUACAGGACUCUCAAGCGACGCUACUACGACACAGAGGAUGCCAACAAACAGGCCACCAACUAGGCCAUAUUUGGACCAUUGGUUUGCUGGUGUGCUUCUUUGGUCAAGUCUAAAGUUUCUCCAAACCAGUAAUGCUAUGAAAAUUUAUUAUUAAUUACAAGCUGUGGAGUAUUAGGAGAAUCUACCACUUGGAACGCUUAGUAUUGAUAAUGUUGGUCUCUUAUCCCUAAAAUAUUCAGGUAUUUUUCAGCUAUAUUGAUGAUGCUGAUGAUAUAAAUAAGUACCAGAGAUAAAAUAUCUAAAUAAUUCUUUGAAAACCAAGAUUAUGGUUAAAUACUAAAGAGAUAAAUAAUAUUAAAAUAUUUUCUAGAAAGUUAUCAUUGUUAUUAUUUAGUCUUGAAGAUGGUAAAAUGUAAUAGAGAAUUAUAAUCACAUAGCUUCUACAAUCACUAUGAGAACUGGAGAGGCUCACUUUAAUUCACAGGGAACCAGUAUGAACUGCUGUCAGAUUCUCAAUAGUAUUAAUGAACAUUCUUCAAAAGUUGCAGCUGAAUGAUAACUAACUGUCCCACAACAGCCCUCAUGUGGACUGCUUUGCUCCCUCACCUCUUCAUACAGCACAUGGUUGUGUCUGGCUCAACACUACAGUCUCACUUUCUGUACCAACACAAGGCAUGGAAGUAUUUUUUUCCUAACUAUAAUGAGGAUCCUUCAAGCUCUACCUCUAUCUAAAUGUUCCUUCAGAAUGGAAUGGUGUUUCCAAAAGAACCCAGAACUUUGAAUUUUAUGAAGCAUCAAUGUUACUAGACUAUGUUAACUUAAGGUUUUUUUUUUUUUUUUUUAACAAGCUAAAGAAAAUAUCACUUAAAGAUUAUUUUAUUUAUUUGCAUAUUCUUAAUGAGUCCAGAGAGCACCAUUGUUGAUUGGAAACAAGUGUAGGUGUCACUAACUUAGGGUAAUGUAAACUUUGACUUUUCAAGGUUUGUCUCCUUAUGGAAAUGUUGCAGCUCUAUUCUGAAGGCAAAAAGGAUGCACCUUAGAGGGUGAGCAACAACCUCUUUAUAGUUCAGAGAAAAUGCACCAGGAACUUAUGCAAAUAGGGAUAUUGAUGUGUGUGAGUAUAAAUAAUUCGGGGAAAUUAUUAUCCAGUGUAAGAGGACCAACUUAACAAAUGCUAAAGUCAGGUCUCACACCUUCACAGAUAACUAAAUAAGGAUGACACUCCUUCAUUCAUUUACCAUUCAUAGAAGCAUGUUAGUGCAGGACUUGAAAUGUUAAUCUAUUCAUCAUCAAAUAAUACAAUCAUAGAGCAUACUGAAAGAGUUUCAGAGAAACACUUUUAGAUAUAUGUAUGGUAUUAUUGUCAAAGUUGAGGUGUGGCUUUACUUCUCUGGAUAAUUGCAGGAGCAAAUCUGGUUAUUUCCUUAUUUGGCACGUGUUCCCUUGAUGGGUGUUUACAGGAGGUGGGAUUUAGGGAGUGACAACAAGGUUCUAUUGAGAAUUCAUGUGCUGCAGAACUACAAUUUUCAUGUCAUUUGGUCAUUGUCACACCUCAUGGAAGAAAUCAUUUGCACUUUGUUACUCAUUGAAUCAUAACUUCAUAUAGAUUUUGCAACAUUUCAUGUAUUGGAAAAGCACUGCACCUCACAAGCUGGUGCAACAAAACAAAGCUCUUGGCUGUGACUUAACAAUAGGUUCUGUUUCUUCUUAGCAUGGUUAGUCUUCUUCAAUACAAGGUUAGUUUUAUGAACACAGCACUGGUCUCAGGAUUUUCUUUUUCUGUAUAUAUUAUAUAUUUUUGCACAUUUAAUAUUGUGCAUUUGUUACCUGUGUAUUAAAGGCGACUGGUUCAUGGAUGUUUAUCUGAUCCUAUACUUUGUAGAAGAUAUUAUGUAUACAACUUAAUUAUCUUGGUAUUUGAGGAAGUUCUCAUGACAGUUUGCUGGAAGGUUGCGUAAGACAUGAUAUAAAAAAGACAGCAGUGGCACUGUUCACAGAAACAACAGCCAUGAUAAAAACUGCUGAUUUUACAAGAAAAAAAGAAGGAAUUGAAAAAAUUACUAGGAAAUAACUAGUGGGAUUGAAAGUACAGCAAUAUAUUUUGAAUUGUGGACUUGUGGAAUGAGUGAAGUGACAAAGAUUAUAAGAAUACACUUGGCAAAGGAUAACACUCCUACACAAAGCUGGGUGCCACACAAGCUAUGAACAUUUCAAGCCUCUUUUGUGGCUUGUCCAGCAAGAAAAGGAACUGACAAGAAUAAGCAGGUUCCUAGCCCAGUGUUAACCAGAGACAGAAUAUACACACAAACAAUAGAGAGAAAUAUGGAGACAGUAUGCAAUAUAACAGGGGACUCUAAUGGUCACUAUCUUUCAUGUCCCAGUCAGAAAUAUACGUGCUUUUAGGAAAUCUAUCAAUAAACAUUUUCCUUCACAAACUACAAGCCUUCUCAGUCAUGAAACAUAGUGCAUAACCAAUGAUUGUGAAAGGUAUGAACAACUUUAACAAAAUAAAGACCAGAUAGUUUGUUCCCACCUGCCUUAGCUGUGUAAUUUUGCUUUGCAGUUCUUACUCUAAGUGGUGUUACUCUGUCCAUCACCAGCUGGAAGUGUAAGUUUCAUUCAUAACUGCAAGAUAAGCAAAAGUAUUUCUAGUCUUAAAAUAUUUAAUGAAAUAACUGGCCACUCAUAAUCAUCAACUAUGAGAGGAAAUACCUUCUUGUUCUGACUUUACAUUGACUUUGGAUAUUCUGAGGAUUGUUACAAGCAACAGCAAAACUUGAAAUCAUACAUCACACCAGUCUUAGCAAAUAAACAAUAAACCUGCAUCUGAAAUUGAGUAAGUGAGGAUGAAAGCAACCAUUCCUGUCUAUACAAAUAAUAAAUGUAAAUAUUCAAUUUUCUAUCACGUAGUGUACAUUCAAAAUAACUAAAAACAGCUAUGAAAGUACAUUCGAUAGAGUGCAUUGAGAAGGUUGAUCCAAGGUGACAAUCUAUAACAGAACCACCUGAAAGGAAAUAUUAUACUGGGAAAAAUAUGUUAAAGGCCAUAACCUGAAUUCAACAAGAUAUUGCACGUCACAUUAUGGAAAAGAUCUUGGUGUGGGACCUUUUCUGUGAAAUUUGUUAAUAUUUCAAGCCAUUUAUACGUAACUACUUCUGCAGGAAGAGUUUUUGUAAAUAAUGAGACAUCAGAGAAGCAUACAAAGUAUAUAAGAAACAAAAAUAAACAAGGCACAAAAAAAUCCAGUGUAAAUAAUAUUUUGUAUAUUUCUAUUAUGUAACAUGAACCUUAUUUCCAGUUCAGUUUUUUUAGUGUAUCAAAUACGAACGCUGGUGCAAGCAUGGCAGGAAAGCAGAACUUGUGUUAGGUUCAUUCACAAUGACUUCACUCCACAUGUGUGUGAGAGAGAGAGAGAGAGAGAGAGAGAGAGAGAGAGAGAGAGAGAGAGAGAGAGAGAGAGAGAGAGAGAGAGAGAGAGAGAGAGAGAGAGAGAGAGA